AUAUCCGACCCAACUCGUGUUCGUCUUCCACCACCAAAUAGGAGUCGCCGUCCUAGUCUUCGCCGCCGUCGUCUCCGCCCGCUUACUCCUCCGCGCUCGCCCCCAGCCCACCCGCGAAACCCUAGCCCUCGCGCUACCCGGAGAGAGGCCUUCGAUAGCGGCGGCGAGAUGUUCAGGUACCAGAAGGGCGGGGACCUCGAGGCGGGGACCUCCGCCGGGCGGGAGCUGUACCCGGGGAUGCAGGAGAGCCCCGAGCUGCGCUGGGCGCUCAUCCGCAAGAUCUACGUCAUCCUCUCGAUCCAGCUGCUCCUCACGGCCGCCGUCGCCGCCGUCGUCGUCAAGGUCCGCGCCAUCCCCCACUUCUUCACCUCCACGCACGCUGGGCUCGGGCUCUACAUCUUCCUCAUCAUCCUGCCCCUCAUCGUGCUGUGCCCGCUGUAUUUCUACCACGAGAAGCACCCGGUCAACCUGAUUCUGCUUGGCAUCUUCACCAUCGCCAUCAGCUUCGCUGUGGGCAUGACAUGCGCCUUCACCAGUGGCAAGGUCAUUCUGGAGUCUGCAAUUCUGACAACAGUGGUUGUGGUUAGCCUGACUGCUUACACUUUCUGGGGUGCAAGGAGGGGUCAAGACUUCAGCUUCCUUGGUCCUUUCCUGUUCGCCUCGCUCAUAGUCCUGCUUGUGUUCGCAUUCAUCCAGAUCCUGUUCCCGCUGGGCAAGAUCUCUCAGAUGAUCUACGGCGGUCUGGCGUCGCUCAUCUUCAGCGGCUACAUCGUCUACGACACGGACAACAUCAUCAAGCGCUACACGUAUGACCAGUACGUCUGGGCCGCUGUCUCCCUCUACCUGGACGUCAUCAACCUCUUCCUGGCCCUGAUGACCCUCUUCAGGGCAGCUGACUGAGCGCGCCGGGCCGCCGGUGCUCCUUCUAUGUACGCUUCUCGGUCUCACGUUGUGAAUACCGCUGAAUGGUCGUGCCCAGAAUUCCCAGUUCCUAGAAUUGUAUAGCUGCGUUACCACUAGUAUAUUUGGUCGUCGUCUUUGCUGAGUUGAGUUGGUGUCUACGUAGGGAUCACAAAGAAGUUGUAUCUCUAUUCUAUGCCUGGAUAUGAUGUUGGAUUUGGGUUGCUUAUCACAUGGAGGCUGGUUAACCUUGGAUAUGUUUUAAGGGACAUUGCUUUAUUGUCU